AAAUACAAUUCAAGAAUACAACGACAGUUUUGUGAAGUAUUAUAAUAUUAUAUCGACUUCAUCUUGAAAUCAUGUUUGACAUCCACAGUGCAGUUUAUUGGAGACUGAUUUAAUGAGUAUAAAAUGCUUGAAUGCAAAAACAAAUCCUAAUAUUGUGUCAUAAUCUCAUAAUAAGUGAAUUCUAAUUUGGAGUUGAUGCGAUUCCACUGUGCCAAUAUGAAUGUGGACGAUGAACAACUGAUAGAAUGUGUAAAGAAGUAUCCGGCGGUUUAUGACAUGUCACAUCCCAAGUACUCCGACAGCGGUCAUAAAUCAUUAGUAUGGAAGCAUAUUGGAGAAGAAAUUGACGAACCAGAGAUGAUCUGUAAGAAGCGAUGGAUCAACAUUCGAGACCAGUUCAAGAAAUCCCUGAACAGGCGUAGGGCAGAAGACGGCGUCUACAAAAGAUACAAAUACGAAGAAAAUCUACAAUUCCUGUUACCACAUAUGAUGAAACGGACCACAGUCUUCGACGUGAAUUGUGAGGACUCGACGAAUGAAAUUUACCCGUUGAACUUUGUAGACACACAUGAUAGUAGUAAUUAUAACACGGAAAACCACGAGGGGAAUUUUGAAUCACAUCACGGGGAUUCAAGUAGUCCGAAGAAGAAGAGGAAAAAGAUGGGGAACGACAGUGCUUCGUCGGUGUUGAUGAAGUAUUUCAUUGACCAGAGUGCCUCGAAAACAGUCAGCCCGGAUCGACACCACAUCGACGCGUUCCUGGAGGGGUUGGCGCCCACGUUGAAGAACCUUCCUCCCUACUACCAGCAUCUGGCUAAGGGGAGGUUGUUCUCCGUCGUGCAUGAGCUGGAGGCUGCAGCGUUUUUCGGCACAACUUCGCGGCCAACCACCCCGCAGCCCAACUAUAGUGAAGUGAAUCUCGUCAACAAUGAAGACGGUUCUCAUCAAAUUUUCCAGGUGCAAUCACCCGUCACUGUGUUGUCCGUUAAGCAUGAGCACAAUAAUGAAUGAAUGAAUGACAAUACGAACUCACGUAAAGACUGAUAAUCAAAAUCACAUCUAUAUAGGUACUAUAUUUGUUAAAUAAAAUUUAUUUUAGUUAAGAUUA